UAUUCAGAGCAAAACCCUAAUUUGAGUUAGCUGAAGAGACAGAGAGAGAGAGAGAGAGAUUAUCAGUGAUCGAAACAAAGAUAGAGAGAGAAAUUAGUGAGAGAGAGAGAGAUGCAGAGAGAGAAGACGAAGAAGAAGAUAGGUCUGAGCGGCGAAGCCAUGGAAGACAUAGCAGAGAGGCUCUCAAAGCUCGAAAACCUCUACUUCCCUCGCGCCCUCCAACCCUCUUCCUCCUCUCCCUCCCAACGCAAAUCCCUCCUCAGAGACCUCCUCUCCCGUGACCUCGCCGUCUUCUUAGAACGAUACGGAACGCAAUUGACGUUUGAGGAGCUUAAAAAAUUCGAAUUUAUGAAAGACGAUUAUGAAAUCAAUUGGCAUUUAAAUAAUCUGCGGAGCUUAAUUAGCCCAACGACGAAGGAAUUGAGGUCUAGGUCUAAGAAGAUCAAGAACCGGAGGAGGGCGUACAUGGACAGGUUGAUUUGUGAUGGGAAGUACUUUUCGGAGGAUGCCAUGAGGGAGAGAGAACCCUACUUGCACCAUGAGUAUUUGGGGAAGUUUCAGGACCCAAGCGGGAGGAGAAUGGCGAGGCCAGGAGAGCGGUGGUCGGAGACGCUGAUGAGGCGGUCGGAGGAGGCUAUUUUGGUGGAGAAGAUUAGAAGGGAGCAGCAGAGAUUGGGUGUGGCUCAGAGGGAUUGGGUUGGGAAUGAGAGAGAACAACAAGAGGAGGAGGAGGAGGAGGAGGAGGAGGAGGAAGAAGAGGAAGAUGAAGAUGAAGAUGAAGAAAGAAAAGAAACAGAAGAUGGAGAGAGCCUUGUUGCUAAUGGGACAUCACAUCCUUUGGGGAUGCUUUCAGAAAAUCACGAUGCCUUCAGUAAUGAGCAAUCCGCCACUGUGAGGCACACAGAGGGAGCAACUUUAUCUGCAGAGGAGAUGCAAGAUCGAAUGGACCAAUUCACCCACAUCAUGCAGCAAAAGUUUCUGUCAGGGGAAGAUCAUCAGCAUUUAGAUUACUCAAAAAUCGAUGAGGACGAGACAUUGGAUGACCACUGGUUGAGGGAGGCCCGUCACGAUGCUGAAGAAAAAUACUUUGCUGAUGUUUAGUGAGAAUGACCACCAUCCUGAGUUGCUGCUACAUUUUAUUUCACAUCUCGGUUUUUUAGGCUAUCAAGCAUGCUAGUUCCUGUAAUUAUAUACAAUUUUAAUUUUGUAUGCGACAGCAGCAGUUUUCUCUGAGAUAUAUGUAUAUAUAUAUUUUUCUCAUUUGGCUUCAAGCGGGUAAUUAUUCAGUACUCCCAUUGUGAUUC